AUGGAGUUUUCUCAAGGCUCCGUCUUAAGUGUAUCGCUAUUCCUAAUCGCUAUAAAUGAUAUACUAGACAACAUACUAAUCCCGGUCAAAGAACUUUUAUUUGCCGACGACUUAACCCUAUUAUGCAAAGGAAGGAACCUCCAUACCAUCCAGAUCCAACUACAAGAAGCACUAGAUAAAUUGCAGAAAUGGUCACUUACAUCAGGGUUCAAAUUUUCUUUCACCAAGUCUAAAAUAAUUACCUUCAGCAGAAAGAAACAACAUGCGAACAUAAAUCUAACUCUUGAUAAUCUGAUAAUCAAGGAAACAUCUUCUAUCAAACUAUUAGGAUUAACAUUUGACUCUCAGCUAGCAUGGACGCCUCAUAUUAAUAAACUCAAAACUGAUAGCUACCAACGACUUAACAUACUUAGAACAAUAGCUGCAAAUGACUGGGGAGCCGACCUCAAAACCCUACUCCUUACGUAUAAGGCAAUAGUGAGAUCAAAACUGGACUAUGGAUCAAUCAUAUACAACUCAGCCAACACCAACAUAUUAAAGAAAUUAGACCCUGUACACAACAAUGCUCUCAGAUUAACUGUGGGCGCCUUCCGCUCCAGCCCGAUCAACGGCAUCCUUAGCGAAGCUUCAGAACUUCCAUUACGAAUCAGAAGAAAAUACCUAAGUAUCCAAUUCGCAAUCAGAAUCGCCUCCCACCCACAGAACCCAGUCUUCCACAAUGUAUUCAGAAAUAACAACCUAAAUCACUUGCAGCAAAGGAAAAGAACACCCCAUCCACUCUGCUACAGAAUCAACAAUUAUCCGAAGGAGCUUGGCAUGGAAAUCCAGCUCAUAUCGAGCAGAUCUAUCCCCAGCAUCCCUCCGUGGACCUUUCCAAGAAUUAGCACUAACACCUCUCUACUGAACUACAGCCAAAAGAAAUCUGAUCCAAUCAUGCUAAAGGCUAUGUUUCAAGAAUUAGAAGCGGGACUCGCAAAUCACGUGCACAUAUACACAGACGGGUCCAAGACUCCAAUCGGAUCCGGAUACGCAAUUGUCAGGAACCAGUCAAUCGAAAAAGUUAAACUUCGUCAGAAAACACCUAUUUUUCUAUGCGAACUUCAAGCAAUUAAACACGCCGUCAAAUCAACUUUAAACGACCAAAAUACUAAUUUUGCAAUUUUCUGUGAUUCCACAAGCGUCUUCUCAGCAAUACAGAAACUAUGGACAAGUGACCCUGUCAUCCAAGAAUGUCAAGAAGCCUAUACCAGAUCAAGCCAAAAGAACAAUUCAAUAACAAUAAUAUGGAUUCCUUCCCACAUUGAUAUAACUGGCAAUGAAAAAGCAGACCGCGCAGCUAAAGAAGCAGGCAACUCAACUACUCCCAACUACCUCGACAACAGCACACAUCUGGAAACGUUACUCUCCACUCUUAAAGAAAAAAUUAAAGAUUUUUGGAACAAAGAGUGGACUGCAUUAACAAAACCCCGUAUAAAAUUAAUAAAAAACGACUUUUACGAAAAAUCCAUUACCUGGAAAUUACCCAGACCAGACCAAGUGAUAGUAUCUUGA